AUGGCUGAACCAUUUUCCAACAUAGAGUCAGAAACAAUAGAUGCUUCAACUAAACUAGUCAAAGAAAAAAAUGUUAAGGAUUUCAUUAGCUCACCAUCUUCGCAAAUUGACCCAUGUCAGACUAAAGGCAUCAGCCUAAUAAAAAAUCCCAAGCAAGAACCAAAAACAGAUUAUUCAUACAACCCUUCGAAAGUGGAUCUAUGGAACAAACCUCGUCUAAGCCAUUCAGACACAUCUGUAUUAAUUAGCUCUAAGAGAUCUUGCAAAAAGUUGGAUUUGUCUGGUUGUGGUCUUACAAAGUUACCCGAGGUUCUUCGUGACUUUCAUGAACUGGAAGAACUGAAUCUAUCUAACAACCCUCUAAGCAAUUUAGAUAUACCUUUCUUGGAAUACUUACCUUGGUAUAGGUUGAAAAAGUUGAAUUUGUCUGGCUGUGGUCUUACAAAGUUACCCAAAGGUCUUCGUGACUAUCAUAGACUGGAAGAACUGAAUCUAUCUAACAACCCUCUAAGCAAUUUAGAUAUAUCUUUCUUGGAAUACUUACCUAGUUGGUAUAGGUUGAAAAAGUUGGAUUUGUCUGGUUGUGGUCUUACAAAGUUACCCGAGGGUCUUUGUGACUGUCAUAAACUGGAAGAACUGAAUCUAUCUAACAACCCUCUAAGCAAUUUAGAUAUAAUUUUCUUGGAAUACUUACCUAGUUGGUAUAGGUUGAAAAAGUUGGAUUUGUCUGGUUGUGGUCUUACAAAGUUACCCGAGGGUCUUUGUGACUGUUAUAGACUGGAAGAACUGAAUCUAUCUAACAACCCUCUAAGCAAUUUAGAUAUAUCUUUCUUGGAAUACUUACCUAGGUGGUAUAGGUUGAAAAAGUUGGAUUUGUCUGGUUGUGGUCUUACAAAGUUACCCGAGGGUGUUCGUGACUAUUAUAGACUGGAAGAACUGAAUCUAUCUAACAACCCUCUAAGCAAUUUAGAUAUAUCUUCCUUGGAAUAUUUACCUUGGCAUAGGUUGAAAAAGGUGGAUUUGUCUGGUUGUGGUCUUACAAAGUUACCCGAGGGUCUUCAUGACUAUCAUAGACUGGAAGAACUGAAUCUAUCUAACAACCCUCUAAGCAAUUUAGAUAUAUCUUCCUUGAAAUAUUUACCUCGCUAUGAGUUGAAAAAGUUGGAUUUGUCUGGUUGUGGACUUACAAAGUUACCUGAUUUGAAAGUAUGCAGCAACCUACAAGAGUUGAAUUUUUCCAACAAUUCCUUUGACCAUCAAGAUCUAUUAGAAAAACUAAAUAGUGGGAAGGUGUUUAGUUCAUCAGGUUUUCGUCAGAGUGGCAAGGAACUAUUAGAACCCACGGCCAGUGGUUUGGGGUUGUCCAAACGAACCUGCAGGAUCAUAUUUGAGGAUGCUGUUUAUAUACAGAAUAGUGGAGGUUAGACAUAUAUUGUUUAAUAAUCAUAUUGAAUAACAAUCCAUUGGGUCUAGGUUCUCGCCAGGUUCUAUCAACUGUGAUCCUAAUUUGGUGGGAAAAGAAGGAAAACUACACUAAUGUUUAUGCUAUAUGUGAAACAUGCAUUUAACUAAAAUAGCUAAAUUGGAUUUAUAUACACAAACAACAUUUAUGACAUUUGCAUUUUAUGCUCAUGCAUGGUAACUGGAAAGUCAAGAAAAGCAUGAUCAGUUAAAAAUAGAGUGGGCCUAUAAUGUAAUGUUUUAGUCAUAUACAUGUAUAUCCAACAACUGUGAAAUUUUUUUUUUUUUCUCUUUUAGUUUGGACAGUUGCGCAUAAAGGUACUUCUAUUUAUAUUUUCAUUUUUUCUCAUUUUCUUAGAGAUUUUUCAAUAACCAAAUAUUUAUUGCUUGCUCGUAUUGUAUAAUAAAAAGACUAAAAGUAUAAUAUAAUUCAUAAAGUGGCUAUAUAAACACGUUUAUUGUGCAUAAAAUUAAGUGUUGUAGAAAUCUGAUAGAAUAGAAUAGAAGCUUUAUUGAUACAAGAGUUACAAUCAGUAAAAUACUGUUCGCCCAAAUUAUUGAACCUGAUUUUUAGCUUAACAUAUCAAUAGACAAUUCUCAUUAUAGACUAAUUUUAAAACUAGGCAAAGAGAUGCAAAUAAAUCACGACAGCUAGAAAGAGCGUACUAAGAUGAGUAAAAUUACAAAGUUUGGUUGCGAAAUGUUGUAAAAUACGGAAAAUAUAUAUCCCUGCAAAGUUUGCAAAUUUUGUAUACUUUUGUAUAGCAUGCGGAAAUUGCUGCCAUUUUCGGCCUAAAUCAUGGUGGUAGCAAUUUCCGCACGCAAUACAAAAGUAUACAAAAUUUGCGAAUUUACAAGGCUAUAUUUUCCGCAUUUUACAACUUUUGGCAAACAAACUUUGCAUUUUUACUCAUUUUAGUAUAUGCUCUUUCCGGGAAUAUAUACUUUUUGCGAACAUCAAAAAAUUAGUCUAUAUCAUGGGAAUUGUCCAUUGAAAGUGUUAUUAUUUCAUUUUGCUGUUGCAGUUGUUGCAUCUACGGAAGAAAUAUAUAAAGGGCAAAUGGGGUUGGAAGAACUAAAUAGGUUUAGUGGACUGAGUUUACCGAAUAAAGAAAUCUGGUUGGAUGAAUUCUGUCAAAUAAGAAAGUACAAGAAUCUCACAAUUGAAAGUUAUUAUGCCAUGC